GAAAGCUGUAAGCUUCAUUUGGACAGUUCAUCGUGCAGCUACAACGACGCCUACUCACAGACCGCUUUCUUCACAACUUGGUACCACUCAGCGGACGGAGUAGCGUACACUUUUUUGGGCAGUUCUGCUUAGCGGAGCAGGUUGCAGGCCAGGUUCACAUCGACGCCGCUUCCUACAUAUUUCCCUAUAAAUGAGCGCCUAGUGAAAGACAUAGGGUUCCUCUCUUUUACUCCUUCUUUUUUGUUUUUGGAUAGCCCUCGUCACCACUAGACAAACAGACGCCGCUCGCCAGUCCAGAAGUUGCAAUUGGAACUGGCAGGCGCCAGAGACAGAAAAAAGAACCACCCAGCGAGUUUCAUUGCAGAAGCAUACAGUCUUCAUCCUAUCGGCUAGCUUUCGUGUUGGAUUAAACGCAUGGAGAAUAAGCUAUAUACAUUUGGGACAAAGGAAUCGCCGCGGUCAAGGGCUGCACCUUGCGGAGGUUGUUCUGAGGUGAACCAGCUGUGUCCAUUGUAAGCACUAGAACAGGGGAAAUUUUUUUUCCAGCAUGGCUGGGACUGCGGAUGCGAACAACGAUAUACCCUCUGCGACCAUGUCUAAAUUGAUCCGGAGUGUUCUGGACGACACUUUCUACAAUAUAAUACAUGACAUUGUUGCAAAAGUCCACCGUGAAGAGAAAAUUGCGCGCAUGAGGUCAGCUGUCGUCCUGGCAAAGAAACUUGGCGAGGAAGAAGCAAGCCGCCUCCAAGCAAAUGAUCUGGUAGCACCUGAGAGCGGAUCGGUCGAACCUGGUGCCACUGCUCCGUCAAGUGUGAAGCAAAAAGACCACGAUCCCGUUCGGGUAGAGACAGACGGUGCAACCUAUGACAGUGGGAAAGUUUAUUUGAAAGGGAAUCCAUUUCAAGUGACCAAAGAAAUCCUGUGUCCGAACUGCCGUCUCCCCCGUCUUCUUUACCCGCUCUCCGGUAUUGGCUCUCGACCACCACCGGAUCCAUAUAAAGAAUACUGUAAAAAGCAUCCCCCGAUCAUCAUGCCUGGCCAUGAUGUUCAUGGCAAUCCAUUCGCCACAGAUAAGAUAAACAGAAAGAGAAAGCAACAGCCACAACAGCAAACCAGCUCAAACACGCCUGCAUCUAGUCCACCAUCAACACCCUCAACACCCUCAAACUCCUUCAAACACGUUGUCGCCGAAAAAAUCUCCUUCCCCACCGUGAAAUGCCCCAACUGCCCCCGCUACUUCGUCGUCACCAGAGUCGCCCAACACCUCGAUAGAUGCCUAGGCCUAUCAGGUAGGCAGACGAAACGCAACCUCACCCCAAUGGAUAACGGAACUAAUACCCCAGCGCCACCUCCAAUGAAACCUUCAACUCUCAAACGUGCCCUUCCCAGUGGCGACGACGAUGCGGCAUCCGGAUCCAUCACCAAAAAGAAAAAGUUAAACACCCCAAAGAAAUAUUCCGGCAAAAAGCCCACACCACCAAGCAAACUGAAGAUCGGAACCACGCCCGACAUGGCAGCCGCCAUGGAUAUUCCCGAUUCAACCCCCACAUCGGCGGGCGGUGGCGGUGAUAUUGAUGCUGCAAGCACCACAACAACUACCACUACUGUCACAACAACAUCGAGUAAGAAGAAACUGAACCCAACAGAAGGAAAACAAGGCAAGCUAAAAGCGAGAUGACAUUUUUGAAGACAGGUAAAAUUAUACUAUGAUUGAUACGAAAUGUUCCGUUCCUUUCCGGGGGGAAAUGGGGGGAUAAAUCCCCAUUUUCAUCCAUCCUCUAUUUCUUAACGCCCGCCAUCCCAUCACGUCCAUUCCACACUCACUAAUCUUUCCUUCGACUGUUAUCCGUCCAUACCUAACGAAACCACGCAUUUUCUUAUCAUUAUUCCGUUCCCGUUCCGCGCCCUUUUCUCUUCUUGUUUCUUGCUUUCUUUUUCUUAUCACAACAAAUGCACUUUACAUAUCAUUUACAUUCGGAAAGACAUACAUACGACGAAAGACGGGAACUCAUUGGCAUCAAAACGGAGUUUAUUUUCUUUUCUUUCUCAUCCUGUUUUGGUAGGGUUUGGCCCUUUUCGUUUUUCCAUUUUCAAUUCGAUAUACUUUACAUGGAUAUGUAUUUACAACUCAAUAGAAAUGCCAUCAAUCCUGAGCUGGCUUUCUUAUCCGGUGGGUUGGUUCGCUUGGCCCUUUUUUGUUGAAAAAAAAUAAAUCUAGAGUAGAAGGUAUGAUGUAUAAUAUAGAAUGCAUUCCAUUCUCCUCACUCCCUUCUUUGAUACUAUCCGCUCUUCUAACCCUACAUUUUAGUUCUUUUUCACUCCACAAUUAUACCUUCUCUCUUAGGCGGAGAAGAAUUUUGACUAUAGUUUGUUAUUCUGCACACUUUUCCUGCACUAUUUCUCUCUUCCCUACCAACAUGAAUACAUAAAAAAAAGAAUCAAAGAACCAAAGUUGUAUAUCCACACCCAUCCAGCCGUUUAC